UGGUCCCGUAGUUGCGCAAGUGGCACUGAGGCAGCUAUAAGAGGGGCAGGCAGGCAUGGAGCCCCGGAGGAAUCCCCGCGCCAGCAGCUGCAAGGCCCAAGAAGAUCCCAGGAAGGAAAAUGUGCUGGAGACCGCUGUGCCGCUUCCUGUGGCUUUGGUCCUAUCUGUCCUAUGUUCAAGCUGUGCCUAUCCAGAAAGUCCAGGAUGACACCAAAACCCUCAUCAAGACCAUUGUCACCAGGAUCAAUGACAUUUCGCACACGCAGUCGGUAUCCGCCAAGCAGAGGGUCACCGGUUUGGACUUCAUUCCCGGGCUCCACCCCAUCCUGAGUUUGUCUCAGAUGGAGCAGACUCUGGCAGUCUACCAACAGAUCCUCUCCAGCCUGCCUUCCCGAAAUGUGGUGCAAAUAUCCAACGACCUGGAGAACCUCCGAGACCUUCUCCAUCUGCUGGCCUCCUCCAAGAGCUGUUCCCUGCCCCAGACCAGUGACCUGCAGAAGCCAGAGAGCCUGGACGGCGUCCUGGAAGCCUCGCUCUACUCCACAGAGGUGGUGGCUCUGAGCAGGCUGCAGGGCUCUCUGCAGGACAUUCUGCGACAAUUGGACCUCAGCCCCGAAUGCUGAGGUUUCAAGGACCACCAGUCUCCCAAGGAUUGUGUUGAGGGAAGAAGCCUUGGCUUCCAGGGGUCUCUGGGAGAGGAGAGCCGUGUGUGCACACCCCUCAUCCAGGACUCUGCCCAUUUCUCUCACUCCUCUAGGCCACUCUUCCGAAGGCAUGACUCCACAACGCUUGACCAAAGAUAGACACACGAUUCCACGAGCACUAGGAGGGGGGCCAGUCUGCAGAGCUGAUUCUCACCCAGUUCUUCAGCAAGUAUAGUUAAGAGCCAUCCUGUCCCCUCCCUGUUCCACCCGCCUGUCAGUACAUGCUUUACUGUGACCCAGGGGAUAUGAAGAAGGGGUGGGUAGAGCCUUUGGAUUGUCUCAGAGUCUCCGGGGAGCACCAUGAAGGCUGCAGCCACACACAGCUGGAAACUCCCAAGCAGCGCAUGUUGGAAGCGCUUAUUUAUUUAUUCUGCAUUUUACUUUGGGUGGAUUUGAAGCAAAGUAUUGUUUUUUUUUUUUUUUUCAGGCUUUGGGGUCAGUCAGGGCUAGGGAGGCUCCUAGGGUGCUGUUUUCAAUCCCAUUGACGGUCAGCCUGAGGCAAACCUGUUUUGAGUGACUGGAAGGUUGGGCUCUCUUGAGCAAGAGGCAGCCGAGGUGGCUCUCAAGUCUGUCCUCUGGUGACGGGCUUUGUUUCUAUUGUGACUGAUUUCAUGCAAACACUUUUGCAGUGGCAUUGCCUGGAGCAUAGGCUAGGUUAUUAUCAAAAGAAGAUGAAUUUUGUCAAGUGUAAUAUGUGUCUCUGUGCACCUGGGGAUAGGGGAUGUGUUAGGGGGAGGGAGGAGGAUUCACAAUGUGUUUUUUGAAUAACACAUAUGUGUUGGGCUUUUCUGAAAGGGGGAGGCAACUCCCUCAGCUUCUGCAACCACCUAGUGUGGUUUUGGUGAAAAGAACAGUUUAGAGUGUACCAGGCACCCUUGGAGGGGGCUAAAGCUACAGGCCGUUUUAUUGGCAUAUUGCUGAGCUCAGGGAGUGAGGGUACCACAGUUGAGACAGUGAUCCCCAAGCAAAGGGUGCCUGGUGUGGCCCUCCAAGUUGUCCAGGGUUGAUCCCCACAAUGGGUUUCUUAACCUGGCGGCGACCCUAGUAGGUAUUUGCACGUCAAUCUGAUUGGUUCAUCCAAAGUAAAACCACGUUUCCCACCCACCCAUUCUGUGGGGAGUUUUGUUCCAGUGGGAAUGAGAAAUCAUUCAGCUGAUGGUCCUGAGGCCUGGGCCAGCACUGCUGAGGAAGUGCCAGGGCCCCAGGCCAGGCUGCCAGAAGUGCCCUUCAGGCUGGAGGUCAUGUUCAAGAGGAUGGACAAAGGGGCUUGGGUUUUUCCACCACCCUGCACCCUAAUGUCGCCAUCACACUGUGGGUGGCAGAUCAAUGCAAGAAGACUCGAUGGAAAGCAAUACACUUCAAGACUGAGCACCGCUGCGUGCUCAGCCCUGACUGGUGCUGUGGGCUAGAGAAGCUCACCAAAGAAACACAAAAAUCGGGGCCUCACGUCCCUGCGGUAAAACCCUAGUCACCGGUGGAUACUUCACCAUGGCAGCACCGCACAGCUGAGAGCACAGUGCUGUCCUCCAAGGGUGGGAAGCAGCCUGAGCUGUGGCAGUGCCCAGGGUAAGCCCGCUUGCACUCUAUAGCAUUUGCAUACUUUUCAGGGCACACUAGCAUGCACCGCUGUUGUAGCGCACCCGUUGACACAGGAGGACUGGGGUCGUAAGCAUAAGCAAACACAGGUUGAGGAUCCCUUAUCCAAAGUGCUUGGAACUAGAAAGUUUUGGAUUUUAGUCUUUUCAGGCUUAGGUAUCUUUGAGUACAUAUAAUGAGGUAUCUUGGGGGUGGGACCCAAGUAUAAACCUGAAAUUUAUUUCUAUUUCAUAAUACCGUAUGUACACAGCUUGAAGGUAAUUUUCUACAGUGUUCUUAAAUAAUGUUAUGUGCACGAAAUGAGAUUUCACGGUGUGGGAUUUUCUACUCGUGGCAACAUAUCAUCACUCAGAAACCACUGGGUUCCGAAGCAGUUUGGAUCUUGGAUUUUCUGUUAAGAGUUACUUAGACUAUACUUAAAACUAUAACGGCAAACAGGUGACAGGCCCAGACUAGGGACCAGUUCCUCAGCCCUGAAGGGUGUUCCUCCAGCCAGCUAGUGCACUCUGGAGGUGAACUGGAUCAGGUUUUGGGGUGCUGGCUAGAAGAGAGGAACUUGAGGUAGGUUUUGGAGGAGGUGAGGGAUGUGUUUCCUACUAGGAGGAUGUUGUCUUAUUGGAAGUCGGUAUGUGGAGGGGUUAAUGGAUGACCAGGAAGUGAAGGGGAAGUGACAGGGGAGGACGGAAUAGGAAGGGACAUGGUGGAAGGACUUUAUGGGCCACAAAAGUGAACAUUGAAAGAGUCCCAAGUGCCACAGUCUGGAGCAGAGGCCUGUGGUGGCUGGUGUCAAACUGCUCUGGGGUCUAUGAUAUGUCACCUUGGCCACCUCAGCCAGCUGAAACGUCCUGAGCCUUUUGCUCAGAAAACCCGGCACUAUGGUUCACUCCCAGAUUGUGAAACUUCCCAUAUGCAAAAAUGCUUGGUUUUUUUUUUUUUUUUGGUU